UUUGAAAGCAUGGAGUGUGGAAAGAGCUUCACUGACAGAGGAACACUUAGAAAACAUCAACAAACUCACACAGGAGAGAAACCAUUUAAAUGUAUUGAGUGUGGAAAGAGCUUCAGUCACAGUGGAAGGCUUAGAAUUCAUCAACGGACUCACACAGGGGAGAAACCAUUUAAAUGCAUGGAGUGUGGAAAGAGCUUCAUUCACAGUGGAACACUUAGAAAACAUCAACAAACUCACACAGGAGAGAAACCAUUUAAAUGUACUGAGUGUGGAAAGAGCUUCACUGAGAGAGGAAAACUUGCAAUUCAUCAACGGACUCACACGGGGGAGAAACCAUUUAAAUGCAUGGAGUGUGGAAAGCGCUUUCGUCGGAGUGGAGAACUUAGAAUUCAUCAACGUACUCACACAGGGGAGAAACCAUUUAAAUGCAUGGAGUGUGGAAAGAGCUACAGUCAGAAUGGACACCUUAGAAUUCAUCAACGGACUCACACAGGGGAGAAACCAUUUAAAUGCAUGGAGUGUGGAAAGUGUUUUUGUCGGAGUGGAGAACUUAGAAUUCACCAACGGACUCACACCGGGGAGAAACCAUUUAAAUGCAUGGAAUGUGGAAAGCACUUCACUAAUAGUGGAGACCUUAGAAUUCAUCAACGGACUCACACGGGGGAGAAACCAUUUAAAUGCAUGGAGUGUGGAAAGAGCUACACUCAGAAUGGACAUCUUAGAAUUCAUCAACGGACUCACACAGGGGAGAAACCAUUUAAAUGCAUGGAGUGUGGAAAGAGCUACAGUCAGAAUGGACACCUUAGAAUUCAUCAACGGACUCACACAGGGGAGAAACCAUUUAAAUGCAUGGAGUGUGGAAAGUGCUUUUGUCGGAGUGGAGAACUUAGAAUUCAUCAACGGACUCACACAGGGGAGAAACCAUUUAAAUGCAUGAAAUGUGGAAAGCACUUCACUUAUAGUGGAGACCUUAGAAUUCAUCAACGGACUCACACGGGGGAGAAACCAUUUAAAUGCAUGGAGUGUGGAAAGAGCUACAGUCAGAAUGGACACCUUAGAAUUCAUCAACGGACUCACACGGGGGAGAAACCAUUUAAAUGCAUGCAGUGUGGAAAGAGCUUCAGUCAGAAUGGACACCUUAGAAUUCAUCAACGGACUCACACGGGGGAGAAACCAUUUAAAUGCAUGGAGUGUGGAAAGAGCUUCAUUUACAGUGGAACACUUAGAAUUCAUCAACGGUAUCACACGGGGGAGAAACCAUUAAAAUGCAUGGAGUGUGGAAAGAGCUUCACUGCGAGUGGAACACUUAGAAUUCAUCAACGGACUCACAGGGGGGAGAAACCAUUUAAAUGCAUGGAGUGUGGAAAGAGCUUCACUGAGAGUGGAACACUUAGAAUUCAUCAACGGACUCACAGGGGGGAGAAACCAUUUAAAUGCAUGGAGUGUGGAAAGAGCUUCACUGAGAGUGGAACACUUAGAAUUCAUCAACGGACUCACACAGGGGAGAAACCAUUUAAAUGCAUGGAGUGUGGAAAGAGCUACAGUCAGAAUGGACACCUUAGAAUUCAUCAACGGACUCACACAGGGGAGAAACCAUUUAAAUGCAUGGAGUGUGGAAAGAGCUACAGUCAGAAAGGAAACCUUAGAAUUCAUCAACGGACUCACACAGGGGAGAAACCAUUUAAAUGCAUGGAGUGUGGAAAGAGCUACAGUCAGAAUGGACACCUUAGAAUUCAUCAACGGACUCACACAGGGGAGAAACCAUUUAAAUGUAUAGAGUGUGGAAAGAGCUUCACUUAUAGUGGAACACUAAGAAAACAUCAACAGACUCACACAGGUGAGAAACCAUUAAAAUGUAUUGAGUGUGGUAAGAGCUUCACUGAGAGAGGAAAACUUGCAAUUCAUCAACGGACUCACACAAGGGAGAAAGCAUUUCAAUGCAUGGAGUGUGGAAAGAGCUACAGUCAGAAUGGACACCUUAUAAUUCAUCAACGGACUCACACGGGGGAGAAACCAUUUAAAUGCAUGGUGUGUGGAAAGUGCUUCAGUAGGGGUGGAAACCUGAAUUUACAUCAUCAGACUCUCACAGGAGAGAAACCCUUUAAAUGCAUGGAGUGUGGAAAGAGCUUAAGUGCUUUCCGGUGCCACGGCAUGCUCAGAAGCGAUUUCCGGCAUUGCGCUGUACAUGUCCAGCUCACGGACACUCCAUGGGCUUGA